AUGAGUUUCAUUUUAAUACUAUUCACCCUUGUGCUCGGCCUCUGCAACUGUACAGCUCGAAGAACGACCACGGCGACGUCCACGAUAACUACCUUCGACAAAAUUGGAGAACCUCAACAACAGCAACGUCAAGACUUGGAAAACGUCUGGGAUCUGGUAGAGUUACAAAAGCUGGACAAUCAUGGAAACACUUGGCACGAGGAAUCUUCAUUCAGAAACGCCACAGAACCGCAAGAUCCAGAUCUGACAAAUACGAAGCAAUUGUAUCCGACUGUCCCUAAUCCCGGGGACUCGAACGAAUUACCAGGACCUAUCGUAACAAUUAAACCUAUACCGGCACCAGCACCUGGUUGUUACGCUCUGCGAGGACAGUACCCAAGUCCGAGGAGCUGUGCCAGUUAUUUAAAUUGCUGGGACGAUAUCGUUACCGAACAAGAUUGUCCCGAUGGUUUGCUCUUCAAUGACUUCACCUUGGUUUGCGAUUACGAUUACAACGUGAAUUGUGGCAGCCGCCCUUUGCCACCACCGAAACCGUCCUUACCUUCUGGAUCACAUCUAUGUCCAGAACCGAACGGUCGCUACAGAAGUGCAACGAACUGCUCGGAAUUCUACGUAUGCGUUUACAAAAAGCCAGUUAAAUUUGGCUGCCCACGCGGUUUGGUUUAUAACGAUAUUCUAGGUGUUUGCGACUAUCCCUACAAUGUCGACUGCAAAGGCGCAGCUACACCUUCGCCACCACCCAAACCAUCUUUGCCCCAAACAGAGUUACCAUCGCUGCCACCACAGCAACCAACGUAUGCACCACCCUAUCAACCGUACCCACCAUCGCCUUUGCCAUCGCAGCCACCUCCUAACGAUCUACCACAACAGCCAUCUUACGGGCCAACGCAACCACAACCAGCGCCCUCUUAUCCUUUAAAUCCAUGGCUAAGCAAAACGGAACCAGAUCCCUGGAAUCAGCGACCGGUGUCGGCACAGUUAGAAGUGAACCAGCAACAAGAACAGGCACAAGAUCUCCUUGACGCGCAGAAACAGCCGGUCAAUCAUUUCCAAAAUCCUUGGAACCUGUUGCAAAAUAUCCCACCCAGUCUCAGUAUGAUUCCGUGUAAGAACGGAGAUCGGCACAGAUUGAACGACUCUUGUACGAACGUGGUAGUUUGCAGAAAUGGUCGACCGCAGUUGGUGCAAUGUUCGGUGGGACACACGUACGACAGAAUAUCGGACUCUUGUAAACCGUUCUCCAUUGCCAAAUGUUAA